UGAGAGGCUUUUUUACAACCAUGGGAGUAUGAUAGUCAGAACAUCUACAGUAAAGUGGCUUUAUUGUACAUGUGUGGAGUUGGUGAACCUGGAUUUAAUAGACUAUGGGCUGUGAGUGGAGGAUGAUGUCUGCAGGGCUCUGUUUGCUGACAAGUUUGAUUCUGACUGUAGAUUUAACUUUGGGUUUUGGGCCAAACAAAGACAUGCAAUUCACAUUUCUAUUAUCUGCUGGCAGCACAGAGUGUUUUUACCAAACAACGGCAAGGAGCGACAGCAUGGAAGUUGGAUACCAGGUGAUAGCCGGGUCAGGGCUGGAUGUCGGCUUUGCCCUCAUCUCCCCCACCGGAUACCGGCUGGUGUCUGACUUCAGGAGGUCUGAUGGCAUUCACAUGGUGGAUUCCACAGAGGAUGGAGACUACCGGUUGUGUUUCGACAACAGCUUCAGUAAACUCUCAGAGAAGAUGGUGUUCUUUGAGGUGAACAUUAACAGUGAGAGCAGUUCAGUUGGAGGCUCAAAAGAGUGGGAGAACAUGGCCAUAACAGAGAGCAUGGGGGAGUACAACAUGGAGGACAUCAGGGCUCAGAUGGACUCUGUGUACCAGCACCUGGAGAGGAGCCGUCAGAUCCUGGCUGUGCUGCGGGCCCUAGAGGCGAGGGACCGCUACCUGCUGGAGGACAACCUGUGGAGGGUGUCCUUCUGGUCCUGCCUCAGCCUGCUGGUCAUGCUCGUUGUCGCUGUCACUCAGAUUUACACCCUGAAACGCCUGUUUGAUGACACCAAGCGGGUGUGCACAUAGCCGCAACAAAGCUGAGGCUCACAGUGCAAAGUUUGACCCCAAGACCUUAUCUGACAUGAGCUGAAUUUAAAGGGAGGGUACACUUGUUUGGGAAACUGCUUCACCAUUGAUGUUUUGUGAAACUCUGAAUUCCAGUCACAAGGAAACACACUUAUAGUACUGUAAUAUUCAAACAGAAACACAAAGGCAUACGUAUAUCUACAUAAAAGAAACAUAAAUACACAAACACACAGAUACUUGUCAUUGGUGAGCUAGAAAACACUCUGUUCUCACUAUAUGGUAGUUUUAUUGCAUUUCAGACUACAAUUCACAUGGACAUGUAAUACUCUAGUCUAUGUUUUAUUGUAACAAUGGCCAAACAAAAUAACAUUAGAAACCUCACCUACUAUGUGGAGCCUACAUUUUCUUUCUCAGGCCUAUAUAUAAAAUCUUUACUGAUAAAAAGCAAUGCACACAUUCAAAAGAAGCAGUCAAUCUCCCUGAUCAGUUCCUCCAUCUGGAGGUAAAAUAUUUAUGUCAUGUCGAUUGCGAGAUAACUGAGGAAAACAUGUAUUUCCUUGCUAUCAUUUGGAUGCAUUGCAGUCAUUUGGUUGCAAUUACACUGACUGAAAAAACCAAACAUAAUGCAAUAUUUAUUGACCAUUUCAAUUACUAUAUAUCACUGUUGACACUUCGUGGGACUGCUCAGCUUCAUUUUUAACAUUUCCUGUCAUAAAACAUUCAGUGGUCUCGCUCAACCACUUGAAAUGCGUUUUACUUUGUGGUAACAAAACAAACAUGAUACAAGAAAAGAAAAAUGUUUUUAUGACUUGGAACUAAAUUUGGUAAUUUAUAGUGUUUUGUUUAUGCUGUAGGCCUCAAGUUACAAUUUAUGUUCAAAUAAAUAAUUGGCAGAGAUAUGUAA